AUGAACGAAGCUAAUAUGGCUAAUAAUCAAGAUAUAAGUCUGCAAUCAUGUUCAAUAAAUGAUGUAUGCAGAUUAUGUGCAAAUUUUGAUGAAAAUAUGAUACCAAUUUAUGCUGAUGAAGGAGCAGACCAUAUGUUAGAAAACAAAAUAAAAACCCAUCUUCCAUUUAUAAAUAUUUCUGAAGAUGAUUUAUUACCUAAAAGAGUAUGUUAUCAUUGUGCGUCUGCUGUGCUUGUAUGGAAUGAGUUAUAUGAAUGCAGCACUGAUGCAGAUCAAAAACUUCGAAGUAUGUUUCAAUUUAUUCCAUUUGAGCAAAAUCAGUGCAAGGUGGAUAUUCGAGAAGACGAAAGGUUAAAUCCAACAUUAAAAAGUGAAAUCUCAGACAUAAUAUUCGACAGAGAAGUGGAUAACGAUUCUGUGGACGACAAUAUGUACCUAAAUGCAGCUGGCCUCGAUGACGACAUAAAUGGGCUGAUGAAUUGCCAUCGGCUGGAAGACAUUUCGGUGGCGGACGAUUGCAACCUUGUGGUGCCGAAACAAGAGUACCUGGACGUCUUGACAGAAGACAGCAACCACGUAGAAGUACUUGACCCGCAAUUGCCCACCGACGUGAACGUCAACUCGGUUUGCGGAGGAGACGAUAUCACUAAUCACGACAAUUGUGAAGACUUCAAACCACUUAUAGAUUCGAUUAACGUCAAUGAUACUGAGGAUGGUGAAAUGGAUCACCUGCAAAAAGAUGGUGACGGAAGCAACGGGAUGGACUGUGAAAUGGACAAUGAGAACGAUCAUGAAGACGAGGAUGAAGAUGAGGACGAGGAUUGCAACCCGCUAGGCAACAUGCAGGUGAGACAGUUGUACUUGGACAGUUCGUUGGUCGGAACUGCCUUAGAUGUGGAUGAACAGCAACCGGAGACCAUGUGCCAAAUAUGUGCGACCGUGUUCAAGACCCGGUACAACCUGUUACGGCACUUUCAGAAGCGGCACCCCGAGUACAAGAUGUUUGAGUGCGAUCUAUGUCGCAUCAGCUUCUCGUCCGUUAAACAGUUCAAGAACCACCUUGAAGAGAAACACUCCAAAAUACACCCGACGAGCACAAUCGACUCAAAGCAAGUGCGUUUCGCAUGUGACGUGUGCGGUAACAUGUACAAGAAUAAGGCAUCUGCUAUGAACCACCUUCUGACACACACCGCCAAAAAGAAUGUGCGCUGCACGCACUGUGACUUCACAUGUUACACCAAGCAACAGCUAGGCGUGCACCAGACCAAGCAUGAUAAGCGGUUUGCGUGCGACAUUUGUCUCAAACGGUUUGCACAAAAAUCACAGUUGGAUGUGCAUGUCAACGCAGUCCACUACAACCAAAGGCCAUUCUCGUGCGUGCUUUGUAACAAGACGUUCAAGACAAAGGGGUCGCAUGACGCUCACAUGAUCGUGCACACAGACACCAGAAAUUACCAGUGCCCGCACUGCGAUAAAAAGUGCCGGAAGCGGUAUGACCUAACGUUGCACAUCCGGACUCACACGGGUGAAAAACCGUUUAAGUGCAGUGUGUGCGGACGUGGGUUCGUGCAGAUGUGCGAUACGCGCAAGCACGAGAUGCUCCACUUUAAGCCGGGCAAGCGGAAACACUUAUUGUUUGAGUCUUUGGAGGUGGGAAUUAUCGAUGACGAAUGA